CUAUACCUGACACAUCAUUUGUCAGCAUCUGAAAUGUGCAAGUGCGAACAAAAAUGAUGUUAGUCCUAUUGCUUUUCCUAGAAAAGGUUGCAGGUUUUAACGCGCUCACCGGACCUAGCGAAGUGAAGCAAUGUGCAGGCAGAUCCGUUCACGUCGUCUGCCACUAUCAUUCCUUUUACCGGGACAAUGUCAAAUACUGGUGCAAAGGCUAUUAUUUUAACCACUGCACGAUUCUCGUAAGGACGAGUCAGUCUCAGGACGUCUAUGAAUCCCUGCAGAUAACUGACAAUAAGAGAGAGAGGUUUUUCACCGUCCACAUGAAGAACGCUCAAACGGAGGAUAGCGGAUGGUACUGGUGUGCGAUCGAAAGAGUCAGUCGUCACGUAAGCAAAUCCAUGCAGUUGAUCAUAUCUGAAGAAGCACAGCAUUGUGCAGCGUCCCGUGAGACACCGCAAAACAUACAAGAGGUGACAGUUCGACCACCGACGAGCGCUUUGACAACUUUCAGAUUCCCCACAAUAACAUCAACUUCAUAUGUAACGACGCUGAAAACCACAGAUCUGACAGAAAUGAAACACGAAAGCGUGCCCAUAGAGAUUUACGUCACCGAGUGUUCCGUCCACCAAAUAUGGAGCAUCGCACGGUGGAUACUCUUUACAGGAAUGUGUCUCUACCUUUCCUGUUUCAUAACAUGCUUUGAAAUAUGGUUUAGAAUAUAGUCAAUAAGAGACGCUAACUUUUUUAUAAUGUACAUGUCUUUUAUUUCAUGACAGAGAUUUGGGUGCUUCCUUGGGUUACAUUUUGGGUAGCAUUGUGUAGUGACAUUUCUUAUUUUAAGCAAAAUUUCUCAGAUUAAAAGAAGCCUAUGCUAGUAAUACUAUCUAUAAGAGCUUAAAAAAAAAAAAAACAAAAAAAAAAAAACAA